AUGGUGUCAAAAAGAAAAAUGCCUUCAAGGCAUGAUUCACUCAGCACCUUUGAAGUCAUGUUUGCCGCUCUCUUCACCAUGCUGGUGUUGGUCUGUGCUGGAUUAAUUGCUGUGGCCUGGCUGGCAAUGGAGGGAUUAGAAGGAGGUAAAUCACAUGGGGCUGAAUCUGAAAAACGGCAUGAAACUAGAGGGACAUUUAAAAUAACAUCAGGAGCUACAUACAAUCCAAAUUUACAAGACAAACUUUCAGUGGAUUUCAAAGUUCUUGCUUUUGACCUUCAGCAAAUGAUAGAUGAGAUCUUUCAAUCAAGUAAUCUGAAAAAUGAAUAUAAAAACUCAAGAGUCUCAAAAUUUGAAAAUGGAAGUGUUAUAGUUCUAUUUGACCUUUUCUUUGACCAUUGGGUGUCAGAUGAAAAUGUAAAAGAAGAACUGAUUCAGGGCAUUGAAGCAAAUAAGUCCAGUCAACUGGUCACUUUCCAUGUUGAUUUGAGCAGCAUCAAUAUCACAGAAAAACUAACAACAAACAGUCUUCUGCCAACUCCAGGAAAUGUUUCCAUAGAAUGCCUGCCUGGUUUAAGACUUUGUAUUGAUGCUCUACAUUGUAUAGCAAUUGACUUAUUUUGUGAUGGAGAACUAAACUGUCCAGAUGGUUCUGAUGAAGAUAACACAGUUUGUGCAACAGCUUGUGAUGGAAGAUUUUUGUUGACUGGAUUUUCUGGAACUUUUCAGGCUGCUUUUUAUCCAAAACCUAAAUCAAGUGUUUGUCAGUGGAUUAUACGAGUAAACCAAGGGCUUUCCAUUGAACUACGCUUCAAUUCUUUCAAUAUCUUUUACACAGACGUAUUAAACAUUUAUGAAGGUGUGGGUACAAGCAAGAUUUUAAGAGCUUCUAUCUUGGAAUUUAAUCCUGGCACAAUUAGGAUUUUUUCCAACCAAGUUACCAUCACCUUUCUUGUAGACUCUGAUGAAAAUGAUUAUAAAGGCUUUACUGCAGCAUACACAACUUUUAAUAGCACCGAGCUUAAUAAUUAUGAUAAAAUCAACUGUGAUUUUGAAGAUGGAUUUUGUUUCUGGAUCCAAGAUCUAAAUGAUGAUAAUGAAUGGGAAAGGAUACAGGGGCACACCUUUCCUCCUUUAACUGGACCUAAUUUUGACCAUACAUUUGGCAAUGUGUCAGGAUAUUACAUUUCCACCCCAACUGGACCAGGAGGAAGAAGAGAAAGAGUUGGACUUUUAAGUCUUCCUUUACACCCCACUUUGGAACCUGUCUGCCUUAGUUUCUGGUAUUUUAUGUAUGGUGAAAAGGUCUAUAAGUUAAGUGUCAAUAUCAGUAGUGACCAAAACAAGGAGAAGACGGUAUUCCAAAAGGAAGGGAAUUAUGGAGACAAUUGGAAUUAUGGACAAAUCACAUUAAAUGAAACAGUGGACUUUAAGGUUGUUUUUAGUGCUUUCAAAAACCAGAUCCAAAGUGAUAUAGCAUUAGAUGACAUCAGCCUAACACAAGGAAUUUGCAACGUGAGCCUUUAUCCAGAACCAACUUUGGUCCCAACUCCUCCACCUGAACUUCCUACGGACUGUGGAGGACCUUUUGAACUGUGGGAGCCAAACACAACAUUUACGUCUAUGAACUUUCCUAACAACUACCCUAACCAGGCUUUCUGUAUUUGGUAUUUAAAUUCACAAGAAGGAAAGAACAUACAACUUCAUUUUCAAGAAUUUGAGUUAGAAAAUAUUGCAGAUGUUGUUGAAAUAAGAGAUGGCAAAGGAGACAAUUCCUUGUUCUUGGAUGUCUACACAGGAUCUGGUCCAGUAAAAGAUGUUUUCUCAACCACCAAUAAAAUGACUGUUCUUUUUAUCACUGACACCGAGUUGGCAAAAGGAGGGUUUAAAGCAAACUUUAGUACUGGCUAUCACUUGGGGAUUUCAGAGAGCUGCAAGGAAGACAACUUUCAGUGUAAGAAUGGAGAGUGUGUGCCACUGGUGAAUCUCUGUGAUGGUUUUUUGCACUGUGUGGAUGGCUCAGAUGAAAAGCACUGUGUGAGUCUUUUCAAUGGCACAACAAAUACCACCGGCUUGGUGCAGUUCAGAAUCCAGAGUAUAUGGCAUAUAGCCUGUGCUGAGAACUGGACUACACAUAUUUCAAAUCAUGUUUGCCAGCUACUGGGACUAGGGAGUGGAAACUCAUCUGUUCCUGUCUUCUCUACUGGAGGUGGACCAUUUGUAAACUUAAAUACAGCACCUAAUGGCAGCUUAAUAUUAACAUCAAGCAAACAGUGUUUACAGGAUUCCUUGAUUCUUUUACAAUGUAACCAGAAACCCUGUGGGAAAAAACUGAUAGCCAAAGGAGACAGACCAAAGAUUUCUGGUGGAAAUGAUGCCAAAGAAGGAGCCUGGCCCUGGCUCACUGCUCUGUAUUACAACAAUCAGCUGCUCUGUGGUGCUUCUUUAGUCAGCAAAGACUGGCUGGUAUCUGCUGCCCACUGUGUGUAUGGGAGAAAUUUACAGCCAUCUCGGUGGAAAGCGGCCCUAGGCUUGCAUAAAGCAUCAAAUAUGGCUUCACCUCAUACAGUAACUCGGUUGAUAGAUCAAAUCAUCAUAAACCCACAUUAUAAUAGGCGAAUAAAGGACAGUGAUAUCGUCAUGAUGCACCUGGAAUUUAAUGUGAACUUUACAGACUAUAUACAACCUAUCUGUUUACCAGAAGAAAGUCAAGUUUUUCCUCCAGGAAGAAAUUGUUCUAUUGCUGGCUGGGGAUGGCUUGUACAUCAAGGUCCUACUGCAGAUAUAUUGCAAGAAGCUGAGGUUCCUCUUGUAUCAAAUGAGAAAUGCCAGCAACAGAUGCCAGAAUAUAACAUUACAGAAAACAUGAUGUGUGCAGGCUAUGAAGAAGGAGGGAUAGAUUCUUGUAAGGGAGACUCUGGAGGACCAUUAAUGUGCCAAGAAAACAACAGGUGGUUCCUGGCUGGUGUGACAUCAUAUGGAUAUGAGUGUGCACGGCCCAGGCGCCCAGGGGUCUAUGUCCGGGUCAGGAGGUUCACAGAAUGGAUACAAAGUUUUCUAAAUUAA